AUGUCGUGCGUCAGCCUGGUCAGCUGUCAUACAUCCACGCGCACUGCUCUAACGAUACUAGACGACCGUUUAUUUGGGCAACAUAUAAAUGUGAAUUUUCAACUGUAGCGCAGUGAGUGAAAGAAUUGAUCUCUCCCGGUGGAUUAAAGCAGCACAGACGGAGAAGUGGUUUGACGUCGGAUUUUUUUUUUCGAUUGUUUUCCGCGGUUGUAACGUUGCGGAGUUGCUAAGCUAAGCUAAGCUAAGCUAAGCUAGCCGCAGAGUUCCUCUAGUCGGCUUCAUUAGCCGAGAAGCUAAUGUAGUUCCGGUCAGUGUGCGCACAGAGUGGUUGGGAAGUUUUUUAUUAUUAUUAUUAUUAUUAUUAUUAAUUAAAACAUAUAUAUAUAAUCAUUUAAAUUUUAGGACCGAAUAUGAAGGCAUUCCACAAUAGCUGUCGCCGAGUAGUGGCCGCUUGCUUUCCGCUAUGAGCACUUUAAAAAUCGACGUUACGUCCACGUCGUGUUUGAGCGCCGCCGGUAGAGACUCGCUGGUCAGCGGCACCAACAACAACACGGAGUGGGAUGUGUUUGCCUGCUGCCACGAUAUGAGCCCCAUGACCGAUGCGAUGCAGGCGGGGAUGUCCUCGGUCCAGUCUGGGCUGGACGGACACCUGCCGAUGCUACACGGCAGCACCCAGGACGGUUUGUUGCUGGCGCUGGAUUCCUCGGCCGCCUAUCUGGACGAAGGGUCUCCGGACUACAGCGACGGGAGCACCAUGGGCCCGCUGUUCGAGAGGCGGAAGAGGUCGAGGUCCAACAGCUCCAGACACCGCUUUAACGACGUGGUGGAGGAGCUCGGUCCCGAGGAGGUGCGGUGGUUCUACAGAGAGGACAAGAAAACUUGGAAGCAAUUCGUUGGACACGAUUCGCUUAAAAUAGAGUUGAUGUACCGUAAAUUCUGCGAGCUGAACCCCGUUAGAGAAGCCUGCAACGGAUCGGCACCGUUGGAGACCAGCACCAACAGCGUGGACACUUCUUUGUCCUCAGAAGAAGACAGGGAUCUUGAUGGCAUUGAAGUCAACGUGGAGAAAGUGUGUGUCCGAGGAGGACUCUAUGAAGUGGAUAUUAAAGAGAGGGAGUGCUAUCCAGUUUACUGGAAACAACAGGACCAUAUUCCAGUUAUGAGAGGCCAGUGGUUUAUUGAUGGUACGUGGCAUCCAUUAGAUGAAGACGAGGGCGACCUCAUUGAGCAAGAGCACCUCAACCAUUUCCGCGGGCAGCAGAUGCAGGACACCUUUGAGACAGAUAUGGUGAUCAGAACUGUCGACAGUAAAGAUGUUCUCUCCCACCUACCCCCUUUCUACCUCCCGUUUCUAUUCAAAUGGAGUGGAUAUCAGACGAGUGCUAGAACUACAUGUCACAAGCGCAAACGCAUUCAAGCCAUUCACAGUCUAAAGCUGAGUCGGAGCCAUGUGGACUGGCACAGCGUGGAUGAAGUCUAUCUCUACAGUGAUGCCACCACAUCCAAAAUUGCACGCACAGUCACCCAGAAACUGGGGUUCUCCAAAGCUUCGAGCAGUGGAACACGACUCCAUCGGGGUUAUGUUGAGGAGGCCUCCCUUGAGGACCGGCCUCCUCAAACAACACAUGUUGUCUUUGUCGUCCACGGCAUUGGACAGAAGAUGGACCAGGGACGUAUUAUUAAAAACACUGGAAUGUUGAGGGAGGGGGUGAGGAAAAUGGAGGAGAAACACUUUUCAGAGCACAAUGACGAGCAUGUGGAAUUCCUGCCUGUGGAGUGGCGCUCCAAACUGGCACUGGAUGGAGAUACAGUAGACUCGAUCACACCAGACAAACUGAGAGGACUACGAGACCUUCUCAACAGCAGUGCCAUGGACAUUAUGUACUACAACAGCCCCCUUUACCGGGAUGAGAUUACCAAAGGUCUCACUCAGGAGCUGAACAGGCUCUACAGUCUUUUCUGCUCACGCAACCCUGAGUUUGAGGAGAAGGGAGGCAAAGUGUCCAUCGUGUCCCAUUCACUUGGCUGCGUCAUCACCUAUGACAUCAUGACAGGAUGGGACCCUGUACGCUUUUGCCUGCAAGAGCACCAUGCUGUAGAAGAAGAGCUGGACCUACGUUGGAUAUCCUAUGAAGAAAGGCACCUAUUAGAGCAGUUGCGACUCACAAGGAAGAGGUUACGAGAACUAGAAAAUCAACUCCUCAGCCUGGAGGCUUCUAAGCCUUCCACACCUCCAGCCCUCAAGUUUAAGGUGGAGAACUUUUUCUGCAUGGGUUCACCACUGGCAGUGUUCUUAGCGCUGAGAGGGAUCCGCCCUGGAACCAGCGGCCACCAAGACCACAUCAUGCCAACCUCCAUUUGCAACAGACUCUUCAAUGUCUUCCAUCCCACAGACCCAGUGGCCUACAGAUUGGAGCCCCUUAUCCUCAAACAUUACAGCAACGUGGCACCUGUUCAAAUACACUGGUGUAGUGCUACAAAUCCCACACCCUAUGAUGAAAUCCGGCCUACCUUCUUAAACCCAGUGAAAGACCCGACAUCUGACACUGACAGCAUCCCCAGCCCGAGCUCAUCUCCGGUUCUCCCACGUAGACACUAUGGCGAAUCCAUUACCAGUCUGGGCAAGGCCAGUAUAAUGGGAGCAGCCAGCAUAGGGAAGGGCAUCGGGGGCAUCCUUUUCUCGCGUUUCUCUCGCUCCAGCAGCCAGCCCUCAGUGUCUGGAGGAGUGGAAGGUGGAGUCAGCACUGAGGAGGAGGAGCAGAAGAGAACAGAAAGUCAGUCAGCCUAUAGCCUCUCCACCAUGACUCGACUCAACUCGCCCACGGUUGACCCCUCUCUGGAGCUGGAACGACGCAUCGACUUUGAGCUCCGAGAGGGUCUCGUAGAGAGCCGCUAUUGGUCAGCUGUGACCUCACACACGGGAUACUGGUGCUCACAUGACAUUGCACUCUUUCUGUUGACCUUCAUAUACAAACAGAAGAUGACACCUUCCCAUCCAGCAGAAGAAAACCUGGAACCAGACCCAAACAGCACGUUUGGUGGAGCACAGACUUAAAAUAAGCUCAAAAUACACUGAUUUGUUUGAAACCUCUUCCAGCUCAUGACAGUUAUUGACAGACUGACUUGUACUUUUAUUCCGAGACACACACUUUUUUUUUGGUCUUCGUCUAGUUUGUGCACAAUGGCUCGCCCCGCAGGUGACUGCCACCGCUGAGGUGGUGCACACAUUGGCAAUAUGACCUCAAGCACACCAUACGGUUAUACUGCAAGAAUCUAAUGAGUUUGAUCCAUAGAUGUUCGUCACACUCAAGGGAAGAGCGUCCAAACGUCAUCCCAGCAACUCUUCAGUCUGAAGCCUCACAGGCGGAAGCAGUUGAUUAAAUGGCCUGAAGUUUACUGAUCACAAUGUCCAGGCUUCGACUUCUCUCAGAUCGUGAGACAAACUAUUCUGCAACACGACCACCUCAGCUUUCACUGUUACCCAAUAAUUUACCUUCAUUUUAACAGAAAGCUGGUACAUCACCCAGAAAAUUGUUUUUUGUCCUGACAAACUCACAAAACAAAAAAAAACCUGUUCAGGUGCUAUGGCUUAAAAAGGUAAUUCUAAAAAGCAAAUGUGGCGUCUUUCCAAAGUCCAAUCCAAUGUGUAUGUAUGUUUAGGCAUUUAUUUAUAACGGGGCAUUUUCUUUUUCUCCUGAGUGUUUUUUUUGUUUUUUUGGAAGUGUGAAGAUAACAUGCAUCCAUGUGUGUGUGUUUGCUCAUUUCCCUCUGGGGUUAUUUCCAUUCUCCCACUUUUGUCCAUGAUGUGAAAUCUGAAAAAAUGUUUUGUUUUAUAUAUAUAUAUAUAUAUAUAUAGAACACAGUUCACUACAACAGCAUUCCAUUUUCAUGUUUACUUUUCCACAGCACUGGUUUUAGACGUCACUAAUGUAACAGCUGCAUCUCAGCCCUGAUGUAACAUUACGGUCUCCAUGAGACAGAUUUACAGUAGUAGAGGCUCAAAUAUUGUCAUCAACUUGAAGAACUGCAGAUAUACUGUAAUCAGUUUAAAAAACAAAAAGGUUUGCUACAUGAAACAUUCAAUCUCAUUUUAGAAAUACUAAUGCUAGAAUCAGAAUUUGACAGAAAAUAGGUUGUUUCACUGGAACAAGAUUUUUUUUUUCCUUAAUUUAAAUGUUUUUCUUAUGUACGUAUUCUUUUUUUUUUUUUUUAAGCUUUGGAUCUCAUCUUGGUAAAUGGGAUUGAAACUGGUGGCCAAAUAUCCUUUUUUUUUUUCUUCUUCUUCUUUAUUCUCUUGACGUUGUUAUGCAAUUGAGUUGCCUGGACUGUAAUUUUUUUUUCCAUGUAAGGGUUAUGUGGAGUAUUUCACACAAAACUUAUUUCAACUUUGCCUUCUUUGUUGAGCUGGUCACUAAUUCACACUUUACCCUUUGCCUCAGUCGAUGUUAGGUUGUCAUUUUAUUUGUGUAAAUGUUGGGUUAAAGGUCAAGUCUUGCACACUGGGUAUUGUUUACCAUGAAUUUUGCCUUAGGUUUGCAACAUGACAUACAUAUAAGGGCAAACUGACAGAGCUCUAACACGUUGUUAGCAUUUUUACUUUAGUUGUAAUUUAAUGUGGGUUGUUUUUGUUUUUGUUUUUUUGUUCCCCUUUGCCCUCGCAGUACGUUCUUGAGUAACUAGAUGUUGCAGCCAAAGACUGUGGGGUGAUAAUGGCCACCUGUAUUACUUCACUGACCGACAUGGGGCGUUUAAACUUAGCUGUCCAGGUUUUGUGCAUGUUAUAAUAGGCCAAUCCUUGAAAUACCAGACUCCAUUAAUUAAAAGGUUUAGAAUUAAAUCCAGUUUGGAUUCAAAGUUUGGUCAGCUAUUUCCAGACACAAACACUGUCUCUGCAAAAUGUUACUGAAAUCCGUCUUUUUUUAGUUUUCAGACACUGGCAAUCACAUAACCUUUGACCCUCCUCUGUUAGUUUGAGGAGACAACUAAGCAAAUAAAUCUCUCAUUUAAUGAAAUGUGAAAGUUUGGGAAAGAAAGCAUAACUGGUGAAGGGGCCAACAUGAUGCAAGAAAACUGACUAGAAAACCAUUUGUGAUUGUUUAUGGGUUUGUAAUGAAAUAAUUUAUUACACAGGGGAUGAAGACAUAGCUCUAUCAUCUGAGUAAUAUUUCUGAGGUGGCAGUCAUGGCUCAUUUAACAAAAAUGUGCUUAAGGUGAAAUUAUUGAAGGAUUUAUUCACGUUUGCCAAGAUGUGAAAUGUUGUUGUGCUGCUCAACACAAUCAAGGGCUGAUGACUGUCCGCUACAGAGGAGAAUCUGAGUUUUUCGUGUUUCCAAAGGCUUAAAGUAUUACAGAAGUAGUGAAAAGUAAGGGAGUGGGAUGUAAUCUUUUGGUUCUUGCACAUGGUGUAUCAUCAGCUAUGAAAUGUAAAUAAAUUGCAAAGUAACCCCCUGCUACACCUGAAUUAAAUUUAUCUUUUGUUCAUUAUGCUCUAAAACAAAAAUCAAUGCAUAAAACAGUCAGAAAUUUCCCAGCCUUGUGUUUUUUUGUUUCUGUAUCUCAACAUCCCUGUAAGAUUUGCAUUUGUCAUCUUAUUUGUUUCAAAAUGUAUGUGAAAUUUGCACUUUUUCUGUCAUGGCAAUUGCAGAUAUCAGUUCAUGUUGCUGACUAACAAUUUAUAGCAGCUUAAACUGGACAAAAAAAACUAAAUAUGUUGCAAUAUUGUAAUUUUAACUACAUGAGCAUUUAUUGUACAGCCUUUUAAAAAUAAAAGUAUAUAUUUUCUUGGUAAAAGCACCAUCAGCAACAGAGAAAUGUACUGUUACAUAUUUUGGAGAUUUAACGCUUAUUAAACACAGUUUGAAGCCAUAAUCAUUUGUUGCUCUCAUGGGUGUGUCAGUAUUGUUAUUCAAAUGCUCAGAGGCUUUUAAAGCCCUGCAGCCAUAUGUUUAAAAAAAAAGUUCCAAGAUAAGAGAAAUAUGCAUUGAAUUUAUUUGGUGGAUAAAUGUGAUAUUCAGCUCCCACUGAUGCUCAAACAUCAAAUGGAUGUUGAUGAACGUGCUGUCAGCUGUGCAAUAACCCAUGCCUGUAAUGGAUUCUGCUAUCUAAAACGUAUUUAUUUCCUUUUAUUAAAGCAUCUUUUUUCGACAUGGUGA